AUGCAAAUGCAAACGCAACUAAACCUAUUGUUCGGGCUUGCAUUAGUAAAUAUAGGAGCAAGUGCAGCUAAUAUAGGCCUACCUGGUUGCCUAGACACAUGUGGAAACGUUUCAAUUCCAUAUCCAUUCGGUGUAGGCAAUUCUGAAACAGGUGAGAACUGUUUUUUGGAAGAGAAAUUGAAUCUGAAGUGUGAAAAUGACACUUUACUUAUAGGUAACAUGCAAGUUAUAGACAUAACCCUUGAAGGGCAUUUGGACAUGUUCUUUUAUGUCUCCCAACUUUGUUCUGACAAAUCAAAUGGAGAUGCCAAUGAGCCCUAUCUUAGCACUCCUGGUUUCACAAUUUCUAGUGAAGAAAACAAGUUCAUAAGUGUCGGUUGUGAGAGUUAUGGCUUUCUCAAUAGCUUUUACAAUGGUAUAGGAUAUUCAACAGGGUGCUCAACAGGAUGUACCAAGUUCCCAGCUGCUAAUAUUGUACCUUAUGGACACUGUUCGGGGAUAGGGUGUUGCCAAGUGGAUAUACCUCCGAACAUGAUGAAUAUAACUAUAAAAGCACAUAGAUUUCGCACUCCAAGUGUCCGAAGCUGUAGCCAUUCUUUUAUUGCCAAACAUGACUCCUAUAAAUUUAAUGUUAGUCACUUAGAGAAUAUGCCCUUCACUAUGCUCCCUAUAGUUGUUGAUUGGACUGUUGGAAACGAAGGAUGUGAAGCUUUUCAGAAUGGAUCACUCAAGAGUGCAUGCAUGAACAAUAGUUAUUGUGAUGACUUUGACAUUAGUUAUGGAUACCGGUGCACAUGCAAUCCAGGCUAUGAUGGAAACCCUUACCAUCCAAAUGGUUGCCAAGACAUUGAUGAAUGUAAGACAAAAAGUCAUACGUGCAUAAGUGAAAACUAUUGUCGCAACACUGAUGGACAUUAUGAAUGUUUUUGUCCUCCUGGACAAGUUGGAAAGGGAAACAUCGAAGAAGGAUGCAAGCCCAUCCAACAGGAAAGCCCUGUAAAUAAGUAUGCUGUAGGUGCGUGUAUAGCAUUUAUAGCUCUGCUGAUUAUUUCCUGGUUAUACCUAAUAUAUCAUAAAAGGAAACUUAUUAAUCAAAGAAACAAAUUCUUUCUGCAAAAUGGGGGUUUCAUUUUGCAACAACGACUCUCUACAAAACAAGACUCCUCCCAAAUUGCACAAAUUUUCACAGCAGAAGAACUAAAGAAGGCCACCAACAACUAUGAUGAAAAAUUGAUCAUAGGCAACGGAGGUUACGGUACAGUUUUCAAAGGAAUCCUUGCAAAUAACAAGGUUGUGGCUAUCAAAAAGUCCAAAGUAGUGGAUCAGAGCCAAGUUGAGCAAUUCAUCAAUGAAGUAGUUAUCUUGUCCCAAAUCAAUCACAGGAAUGUGGUAAAGCUCUUGGGAUGUUGUUUAGAUACUGAAGUCCCAUUAUUGGUCUAUGAAUUUGUUAACAAUGGUACCCUUUUUCAUCAUUUGCACAAUGGAAAUAAGACAAGUAAUGUACCUUGGAAGACCCGUUUAAGAAUAGCCAUAGAAGCAGCAAGAGCACUAUCAUAUUUGCACUCAGAUGCCUCCACAACUAUUAUCCACAGAGAUGUCAAGAGUGCCAACAUUCUUUUGGAUGAUAAUUACACUGCCAAAGUGUCUGAUUUUGGAGCUUCAAGAUUGGUUCCAGUUGAUCAAGCAGAAUUAGCCACAUUGGUGCAAGGUACUUUUGGUUACUUAGACCCAGAGUACAUGCAAACAAGUCGAUUAACCGAAAAGAGUGAUGUCUAUAGCUUUGGUGUAGUACUUGUAGAGCUACUAACAGGGCAGAAAGCACUCUCAUUUCAAAGGUCAGAGGAGGAAAGAAGCAUUGCUAUGCUUUUUCUCUCUAGCUUGGAAAACGAUAAUUUCUUUAAAAUUCUAGAAUCUGGUCUUCUAACUGAAGAAAACAAAGACGAGAUCAGGAAAGUUGCUGUUCUUGCAAGCAAGUGCUUGAGUCUUAAAGGGGAAGAGAGGCCUAGCAUGAAGGAAGUGUCAAUGGAGCUUGAGGGGAUAAUCGUAAUAGAGAAGUACCCAUGGAACAAUAAAAAUCUAGACCUCCAGGAGUCACAAUACUUGCACAGCAAUAGCAAUAGCUACGGAAGUUCUUGGUAUGACAGCAUGAAGGACUAUGUACGAAUUGUCCUAGAUGUUGCACGCUGA